CCAACUCAUAAGAGAGAGAGAGAGAGAGAGAGAGAGAGAUGGGUGGGAAACGAACGGUUGGGAUUGGCAUGGACUACUCGGCAACUAGCAAAUUGGCUCUCCGAUGGGCCAUCGACAAUCUAGUGAACGGUGGAGAUCGGCUAAUCGUGAUCCACGUGCAGUCGAGCAAAGCAGAACCAGCACAAAAGGAGCUAUGGGAAGACACCGGAUCACCUUUGAUUCCGCUCGAAGAAUUGAAAGAAAUGCAUAUAUUGAAGCAGUACGGACUUACUCGUGAUCCUGAGGUUCUGGAGAUUCUCGAUACUGUGUCGAGGACAAAACAGGUAGAUGUGGUAUCUAAGAUCUACUGGGGGGACCCACGGGAGAAGCUCUGUGAUGCUGUCGAAGAUCUAAAGCUAGACUCGCUUGUGGUUGGAAGUAGAGGCGUGGGGAAGAUCAAACGGGUUUUGCUUGGGAGUGUGAGCAAGUACGUGGUGACAAAUGCUUCAUGUCCUGUGACAGUUGUAAAAGGGGCCACCAUCUCCAAAUCCUAACUUGUCCCCUCUUCUGAAUGGAGGCAGUGCAAGGAAUGGACGGUUGUAAAAGCUUGUCUUUGUAUGUGGGUCCCACCACACGUUUCUUGCGCGUGUACGCCGCUUCGUGUGUCUCUUUUUAUGGGCUUUGUUUUUCAUUUCUAGAUAGAUUUGUCAUAUGUUUUUCUGUAUUAAUUGAAUGAAUUUGGACGGAAUCUCCUGCAACAGCUGUUGUAGGGAGCCCGUGCAACGAAAAGCUCUUUGGGACCC